GAGAAAUCUCGAUCAAGCCGAUCGACGCAGACAAUGAGUUGAUUCAUGUCAAAGAAGCGUGAGAAGCUGAAAGUGUUCAUUUGAAAACAGAUAGUGCUCUAGAGACGACGAUGAGUGAGUGCAUCGUUAACUAGUGAGAGUCGGUCAAUUUUGGUAUUAUGCAACCUAUUUAUCUAUGAACAAACAGAAAAGAAUACCAUCUAUUGUAUUUAGCGUAUAUUGCUUAGCUCGAGUUAUCAAUGCGCUACAGAGUCGCACGUUUCUAACGUGGACACGAUAUACUACAUGGAACGAAAAGUAAGUGAGAUGUUCUCUUGCACAAUUAAACUCAAGAGCGAGCCUAAGAUGCAGAUCAGAUAACUCAUCGAAUUUACUGUCAUCAGUUAAAAGAAACACGAGCUGCUACCCCCACAAGAUUGAAGAACCGGCUUUAUACGAUUCACGGUUAGGCGCUUGUUGGUCAAACAUCAAAGUCGAGAAUCGAGUAUAACAGUCAGGGUAUAGGAUCAGCUGUAAUUGGAGUCUGAGACUAUGGAAACGACAGACGUAAAACAAUUGUCGAGCUCUCGCUGAGAUCGUCAAUCCAUACAUCAGCUUGCUGGAAGUGCAUUAUACGCUCUCACUCUCAACAUAAACUUGCACGAGCACGACAGCAUCACUGAACUAAAGAACUACUGCGCAUUGUGAUGUUUUGUCAGAUAAUGUGCGAGCUGCUACGCGAACAUGAAGAACGUUUAUAGUUUCUUUUGCGACUUUUGGUCUUGCAAGAAAUUUCCAAUUAGCUUAGCUUUCAGCAUAGAACUGCAAUAUCGGAAGGACGCUUUCUAAGUCCGAUUUUGUAAAGUCCCGACGUUUGCGUCGCAAUUAGAGAGCUUUUGCACUACCGAGUCGAUCUCCGCGAGAAGCUUUGGCUUCAAAUUAUUUUAAAGUGUAAAACGUCAUCAUGAAAGCUGGAGCUUUCUCCGCUCACGAAUUAUAUUCAUACUUCAACAUGCUUUAACAUUAACCAACUCAAUGGUCCAUCGUUUUGGCAGGUUAAUGCCCAACAAAAUACCUCGCUUCUUGUCACCUUUCACUGUCUCGCAAACCACAGAAAGUCUCACAUACAGUUGCGCUCAAUUGCAUCAAAAUCGUGCCGAAUCACAAAGUCGAGCGCAGACAGUGAACCAUAAAGUUCAGUUCACUUUGAAUUCUGGGGAUCUCGUCACACCAGGAAAGCUCAAAAUGGCAUUCACACACGCCACAUCUGAGUUGAUGAAACUCGCAUGAUAGUAUUGUAUCUCUGAUGGAUUCUACCAAUAUUUAUGGGGUCACAUACAGCCAAGAACAAGCAGUAUGUCCACAGCAAGCCGUUUUAUAGUUCGGUUGCUUUCGUCGCU